AUGGGGCAAAAUUGCAACAGUUUAUUUUAUUUAAUUAGUAUCUUAUUUGUUCUAGUAUGUUAAAAGGCUAAUAUGCAUACAAAUUAGUCUAGCAACUUUGGAAAGAAAAAUUGCCCUAUAAAUAUAUUGUAAGAGAAGAAGGAAAGAUGCAAGCAUGGGGCAAAUACUGUCUCCAAUCAAACUGAAUUAAUUUCCAGUAUGGGCAUGCUGGUAGGCAGGAAAAAGGGUGACAAGAAUGAGCAGUUAGAGUUAACCAUGUAUAUGGGUCAAUUCGUAGUUGUGCUAUCCCAGGAGAGACCCAACGAAGGAAUAAUGCCUCUGAGACACUUUUUUCCCUCUGUACUGACCUACCUCCAGAUGAAGGAGACCUUCAUUCCCUGUCCCUGGGCAGCCUUUAUAUGCUGCUCUCCCCAUUUCGCUGCUCCCCAAAGGUUCGGGCCACACUGCUCUGCACGGGGUUUUAUGGGGAGACUUUCCUUUGGGGAUACUCGCUCCCCUUUCUGUCUUCCCAGUGCUACUGUAAAGCAAAGCAAGCAUCUGAGGGGAAGCACUGAGGGCUGAGGUAGGCUAGGUAACCUAAAAUGACAAAAACACUUUGAAAAGAUAGAAUAACUUUUAUAAUUGUCUCUUACAUAUAUAUAUAUGACACUGAGGACUAAGAUUUGGGACUGAAUGCAGGGCAGUUCAGCCCCCACGUGAGUCAGACCUGCAUUUUUCAUAACAUGAAAGUCAGUCAGUUAAAUGUGUGUUACUCUCUAUAGUGUCACCCUGUAACUAACAAUAUUUUUGUUUUCCUUUCUUUCCAGUUUCGGCCACUACAGUGUCAGGCACUACAAGAAGGAGAUGCGAGCACUUGUCUCAACAGCCCAAAAUGCCUGGAGAGUGUUUGUAUCAGAAAGGAAGCCAGGCUGGAAGUAUCUGAUACAGCUUUUUGCUGUUUGCUCUGCAGCUGGCUUCCUUUCAAGCCUUCUGUUCUUCCUUGGCAUCCACUUCUCCCUGGCUCACCAGCCUCUGGGUCCCUUACUGGUUUCUGGCCUCAUCUGGAUCUCACUUUCUGUCGCGCUCUGCUGUUUCAAGCACCUGCGCUGCUUCAGCGCCCUGUUCCUUCUCUCCUGUGGGCUGCGAGAAGGAAGAAACGCUCUUAUUACUGCUGGUACAGGUGUCGUGGUGGCUGGCAAUAUCCAAAAUACUUUUCACAACCUGAAGGUUCUGGCAGACAGUAUAACCUGCCAUUUAGAGUUUGAGCAAUUUGACUUGAUAAAAUAUUAUGUUGAGGCAAUAAAAUGGAUUUAUGAGGAGGCCAAGCGCUCCACUGAACUGCCUAAAGAUAUACUGUUGCUAAAUCAUGAGUUUACACCAUCUUAUUCAAUUUCAGAUGAUGCAUUGAAACAAGAGCUAAAUGACACAAAACAAGAAAUCCAAAGAGUUGCUAACCAGAUAUCUUUUAUGCUGACUAUAUUGCCCUAUAUAGGCCAGAAAGUACUGCCUAUAGUAGGGAUUUUUCUAGUUUCUUUUGGAACUGCCCUUUUUAUCAAAAAAUUUGUGGGCUCUCAUGGUGUCAAGUUUAAGAAUACUUAUAUCACAAAACAGUUCAUUGCAUUUGAUGAGCUUCAAAAGCAACAGCAAAGACCAGGCCUUCUGCCUCUUAGCAAAAAAGAAAGAAAAGAUUAUGUGAUAAUUCCAUCUUUCUGCCUCACAAGGAAGGAGAGAAAACACAUACAGUAUUUUUUUAUCCCUGUAAUUGUUCAUCUUUGCAUCUGGCUUCUGUUUGCUGCAGUAGAUUAUUUGUUUUAUUGGCUAAUUAUUUCUGUGAAUAAACAUCUCCAAGAAUUACCCGAUCUGGAAAUUCAGCUCAGCCUCUUUCAGCAAAGGAAUGAGAACAACUUCAUCAUUGGGGUGAGAGAGUUUGUUGUAAAGAACGAUCCUUUCAAGAUCUCCCUGUUUAAGCACAACUGCAUUCCUCAGCCAGAGCUCUAUCUUUCCACCACAUGGAUCCAGCUUGGAAUCAUCAUCUUCUUCUUAAUAAUUUCUGGAUUAUUCUCUGGCCUCCUGACCCAAUUUAAAAUACUUGUGUCAACCUCGUUCUAUCCUGAUGCUGAGAUAAAACGGAUACAUUAUUUACAUGCAAAAUUACUCAAGAAAAGAGCAAAGCUGCAACAGAAAACUGUGAAGAAUGCAUUUGCUAGAACGCUCAACUUUUGGUUUCCAAUACUCAAGGCAAGAGAGGCUGUGAAGAAGAAAGAAAGGACUGUGGUACAUGACAAUGUGGUGUGAAAGAGACAAAGUGAAUCUUUUGAUAAAGCUGAGAUGCUGGAGUUCCACAGGGUCCUGUGCAUUGCAUCCAUCAUUGUUGAAAGUAUUUUCCUGAAGUAUUUCAUUCUUAAAGAAUAAAAAUAGGAUCACAGGCUAAUGGUCAGCAGUGUUUUGGAAAACUUUGGAAAAGAAGCCACGGGAGACAGUGUGCUCUCCAUCACAGGGAGCUCUGGGUUGCAUUAAUAGUCAUUUUUCAGCUUGGGAUCUGAAUUGUCUGAUUCUUUAGAUAGCCAUUUUUGUGCAGAAGGAAUUGGAAGCUUGGAAGGAAUUGAGCUUGGAACUUUUAGGACUACAGAACAAACCUCUUUUGUUUGAGCUAACAGAGGACAUGAUGGAAGCAGCAGGUUUGUCUUCACACUUGCCAGUCACUGAAAAUGGAAGACAAAGCAGAGGCUUUCCACUUGUUUUUGGGCUGGCUGAGAACUUCAACUAGUGGACUUACAUGUUUCUUUCCCAUCCCUGGCUUUAUGCACUAGUUCCAGACACUGUGGCUGUCUCUUCCACAAGGCCAAUGCUCUAUGCCCUGUCAGUCUCCUACCUCAGCUGAACUCUCCCCCCUACCUCAGCUCCCCCAUUUAAUUUUUCCUAUUUUUCUCUCAGAAGUUUCUAACCCUAGUCUCCCCCUCUGACUUCCUCACUUCGUCUUAUCUCCAACUUUCACAUGCUGGUAGGCUGUAGCAUUACUGCAGAUUGUCCCGUAUCUUUGAUCAUCAUGCGAGAGGCAAUGUGGCAUGGGCAGAGGCAAGAAAGCUCAUAAGGGCGAGAGAAUACAAAGGAAUCAGGUGCAGGGGGUGCAAACAAGCUUGUUUUGAGGUGUAAGGACAUACAAGCAGGGAUGAGCAGUGCUUUGAAUCUUGCAGUCUGAAGGAAUUUGCAGAAGUGACAAAAACUGGCUUAAUAAUGGUGCUAAAGGCACCAUUGAUUUCAGUGAAACAAAACUGAGCCAAUACUGAGUCCUUUGCCUUUUAAACCAACAUUGGUGAUGUAACCUUCAUAUGGCAUAAAAAUGGAAAAGCAUAAAGGCAUAAGAAUAGUUUUCUGAAACGGUGUCAGUGUAAAACUAAAACUCCUCUCAACAUACAGCAUAUUCUUGAUUUUCAGCCACUGCCAACUUCCUUCUUUAGGUUGCGUAAGAUUAGCAAACUUUGUUCCUCUGUAAUAAGUGCAUGGUCCCAAGACAGCCAUUGAUAGACACUUCUAUUGUCUGAAUGAAUAAAGACUUUAAAACUUUCUAGCAGCAAGUGUCAGAAGUUAUUUUCCACAUGAAAAACUGAAAAACACAAAGUCUGGAGCAAGGAAGACUCACUGUCAGUGGAAGAUGACCAGGUGAGAGAGCACUUAAACAAACUGGACACGCCUAAGUCCAAAGGACCCACUAGGAAGCACCCAUGGGUGUUGAGGGAGCUGGCUGGUGUCAUUGUGAGGCCACUCUCAGUUACCUUUGAAAGGUUGUGGUGAUCUGCAAGAAGUACUGGAAGAAAGCAAAUGUCACUCCAAUCUUCAAGAAAGGCAAGGUGGAGGAUCUGUGAAAUAACUGGUUGUUCAGCCUCACCUCAGCCCCUGGGAAGGUGAUUAAACAACUUCCCCUGGAAGCUAUUUCCAAAUGCAACGGUGAGGAAGAUGUCUGGGACAUCACCUAAGCAUAAUAAAAACAAUAUUA